AUGUCCACCUCGCAAGAUUCAAAGAAAGUGGAAGAAUCCACAUCUGCCAUUGAUCUCUAUAUUCACCCAUUGAUCAUUAUUAAUAUUUCAGAUCACUACACUAGAAAAAAGUAUCAAUUAAAGCAAGGAUCAACUCCUGUGGAUACCUCUCUUGAUUCCAAAGUUCUUGGUAUUUUGUUUGGUACUCAAGAUGGUAGAAGGGUUGAAGUGAGAACGUCUUUUGAAUUGAUCUUUACGGUGGACAAGUCAGGAGUUGUGAAUAUUGAUCAUACCUAUUUGCAAGAAAAGAUCGAGCAAUAUAAGCAAGUCUUCAAGAAUUAUGACGUGUUGGGAUGGUACUCCACUGGUACUGAAAUUAGACCUGAAUACAAACAAAUUCAUGAAGAGAUUGCUAGAUACAAUGAAUCCCCAUUGAUGAUUCUUGUUGGAGUUGCAUUCGGAUCAGUUCAAAAGGAGCUUCCUCUCUAUGUUUAUGAAAGCAAUAUUAAUGCAUCAAGCGGCACCGUUUCAUGGGCUACACUCAAUUACAAGAUUGAAACUGAGGAAAGUGAAAGAAUUGUGGUCGAUCAAGUCAACCGUAUGGACAAGAGAGAUGGAUCUUCAUCAUCGCUCGUUCCCCAAUAUAUCACUCUCUCCAAUGCUGUAAACAUGUUGAUUGAGCGUGUUGAAGUUUUGAUCAAUUACUUGGAACAAGUGAAACAAGGAAAAAUUGAACCAGAUCACAAAAAAUUACGUGAAAUUUCUUCUCUUUCCCACCGUUUACCAGCAGUUGUUUCUGACAAGUUCAACUCUGACUAUGUGAAUGACGUCAAUGAAAGUUUAAUCAUUACUUACCUUGCCACCAUGACCAAGGGAGUCAACCAAUUCAACAAUGUUGUGGACAAGUACAUGUCCCUCAGUGCUGGAAAGAAGAGAAUGUAUUAA